AUGUCGAAUAUUUUCAAUCUGCUUGCUUCCUUACUUAAGGAUAACAAAUUACCCAGGUCGAACUAUGUUAAUAGAAAGAGAAAUCUUCACACUGUGCUCACUCAAGAGUGCCCUCUUGAGCUUAGCCCUAAUGACAUCCAGAAGUACAAAGAAAUUGAUUCUAGUGCUGGGAUUGUCAAGGUUAAGGGCAAUAAGCAUGAUAAGUCCAAAGGGAAUUGUUUCCAUUGUGGCAAGGGGGGACACAAGAAAAUGAAUUGUUUGGUUUAUCUUGCUAAGAAGCACUCUGAAGAUAUUUUUCAUUCACUUGUUGCUGGGACAUGUUAUGUGGCAGGAUCUACAGAUACCUUGUGUGUAGAUUCUGGAGCCACUAAGCAUGUUUGCAAUUCAUUGCAAGGGUUCCAGGAAACCAGAAAGCUAAGUGAUGGGAAGAUUUAUCUUCAACUUGCUUCACAAGCAAGGUUAGGUCAUGUUAAUCUAAACAGGAUCCAAAAAUUGGUUAAGGAUGGGCCUUUGGGUUUUUUAGUGGUUGAACCAUUUCCAGUUUGCAAAUCCUACUUGGAGGGUAAAAUGACAAAAAGGCCUUUUACGGCCAAGGGGCAUAGAGCUAAAGAGGUACUAGAGUUGGUGCAUACAGUUGUAUGUGGUCCUAUGAACAUCAGGGCUAGAGGAGGAUAUAAGUAUUUCAUCACUUUCAUAGAUGACUACUCUAGGUAUGGCUAUGUUUACCUUAUGCAUCGCAAGUCUGAGGCUUUUGAUAAAUUCAAAGACUUUCAGGUAGAAAGUGAAAGACAGACGGGUAAAAGCCUAAAAACUCUUCGAUCAGAUCGAGGAGGGAAAUACCUUUCUAGUGGAUUUGAGGAUCAUUUAUGA